UGUUCCCAGUUUGUAGAAUCAAUUCAUACACUAAUUUUCAUAUCGCAUAACUAAAAUACACACACAAUGGCUUUAAAAGAUAGAGUUAAGAGAGUCUCUAAGAUCUUCACCAAUGAACACAAGGAAGCCUUAGACAAACAAACCAAAGACAAGGAAGCUUCUGCUAAGGACGCUACAGAAGACGCCAAAGACGGAGCUGAAGAAGCUGCUGCUGAAGGUGAAACUAAGGCUGAAGAAAUUGCUGCCGAUGGUGAAGCUCAAGUUGAAGAAGUAGCCGACAAGGUUGAAGGUGAAGCUAAAGAAGCACAAGAAACUGCUGAAGAAGCUCCAAAGGAAGUUGAAGCUGAAGCUGAAGAAGUUGCUGCUGAAGGUGAAGAAGCUACUAAGGAAGUCGAAGGUGAAACUAAGGAUGCUGUUGAUGAAGCAAAGACUGAUGCUGAAACUGCCAAGGCUCAAGUUAAAGAUGCCAGUGAAAAGGUUGACAAGGCACACAAGAAGAAUGAUUUCUUUAAGAAAUUAUUUGGAAAAUUCAAGAAAACUACUCCUGCAAAGAAUUAGAUGGGACAAAUAAAGUUCAAAGAGGUAUGAUAACAGCCUCUAUAUGUAUAUGUAUCGUUAAUGUGGUGGUCUUUUUCUAGUAUUGUUUAUAAAUUUUAAUUGAUUAAUUCUUUUUAGUUCAUGG